AAACAGCUGACAAGGAACUGGAGUAAUUUGAUUUCUACCCAGGAUAUUGCCGGGUUGUAGCAAAGAUGUUGCCGAUACAGCGUGUUCUUCUUCUGCUCGGUCUGAUUACUUUGAGUUUUGGUUUUCUUAUAAAGGAACCAAAACAGGCAUGGGGGUACGUUCCUGUCAGAAGCAAUGCAAGCAUGUUCUGGUGGCUGUACUAUGCAGACAGCCCUACCCAGAACUUCACAAAGCUGCCUCUUAUCAUGUGGCUUCAAGGAGGCCCAGGGGCUUCCGGCUGUGGAUACGGGAACUUUGAAGAAAUUGGCCCUUUAGAUACUGAUCUAAAACCAAGAAGGACAACUUGGCUGCAGGCAGCAAGUGUACUGUUUGUCGAUAACCCUGUUGGCACUGGAUACAGCUAUGUCAAUGACACCCUCGCAUACGCCACAGAUCUCUCUACUGUCACUUCAGAUAUGAUGGUACUUCUCAGAAAGUUCUUCAGCUGUAAGACAGAAUUCCAGAAAAUUCCUUUCUACAUCUUUUCAGAAUCUUAUGGAGGAAAAAUGGCAGCUGCCAUUGCUUUGGAGCUUCACAAGGCUAUUCAAGCUGGGACAAUAAAAUGCAAUUUCCAUGGAGUAGCUCUUGGUGAUUCGUGGAUUUCUCCCCUAGAUUCUGUCCUUGCCUGGGGACCUUACCUUUACAGCACUUCUUUCCUUGAUGAUAAAGGUUUAAAAGAAGUGACUACUGCUGCUAAAAAGAUCUUGGAUGCUAUGAAUAAAAGGGAAUUUAAGCUGGCUACAUUGCUUUGGAGUAAAGCAGAAGAUAUCAUAGAAGAGAACACGAAUGGUGUAAAUUUCUAUAACAUACUGACUCACGACACUACUUCAAAUACAGCUCUUACAUCUAUUGCAAGUGAAACAGCUCCCUUCUUAAAACUCUUCCAGCGUCAUGUACAAUCUCAAAAUAAAGACAAGCUGAGUGACUUGAUGAAUGGGCCCAUCAGAAAGAAGCUGAAAAUAAUUCCGGACCAUAUCAAAUGGGGAGGCCAGUCAAAAAACGUGUUCAUGAAUAUGGCUGAAGACUUCAUGAAGCCUGCAAUAGCUAUUGUAGAAGAUUUGCUGGAAGCCAACGUCAAUGUUACUGUUUAUAACGGGCAGUUGGAUCUCAUCGUUUCUACCAUAGGCCAAGAAGCAUGGCUCAGGAAGCUGAAAUGGCCCAAACUGAAAAAAUUCAUGGCGCAAAAAUGGCAGCCUUUAUACGCACAGCCGGGAUCCACAGAGACAGCAGCUUUCCAUAAAACCUAUGAUAACCUAGACUUUUUCUGGAUACUAAAGGCUGGGCACAUGGUACCAGCUGACCAAGGUGAUAUGGCGCUGAAAAUGGUUAAGAUGGUGACACACCAAGACCACUAGCAGAACUGCAGGCAGCUGGGCUGGCUUUCCUAUAAAAGCGCAGCCUGCUGUUGGUAUUUUUUCCAUUGCACUUUGAAACGCAGGAGGAACAGUUGCUGCACAGCACGGUUGCGUCUUUCUGCUAUCUGGUACUACGCAGGGCAUUUGCUGCCUUUUCACUUAUAAAAUGGUGACUCUCUGCCCUUGCAUUUACCCCACUGACCUUCAGUGUGAUAAAUAAUUCACUGAAGGCUUGCUUUCUGCUCUGCUACCCCUUGUAUAUAAAAUGGGAAGCAUUUUUGAUCAUCUUAUAUAUAAGCAUAAUUCUUAAGUCCUGAAGCUCAAGACACAAAGAGUGGGUGGAUGCUCUUUCUCAAACAGCAAUAAUGUUCACUAUAAAUUACUGACAAUUUUAAAA